AUGGGCCACUGGGGCGAGGAGGGGCGCACCACCCUGGAGAGAAGGUGGUACCGCCCCACCCUCGAGAUCGUGGGGAUGGGAUCUGGCUAUCAGGGCGACGGGAUCAAGACGAUCGUCCCAGCGACUUCCACAGCCAAGCUGGCGCUGCGGCUGGUGCCCAACCAGGUCCCCGGCGACAUCACCAAGAAGGUGCGGGCCCAUCUAGAGAAGCACCGGCCGCCCUUCGUCAACAUGACAGUCACGACACUCGGCUUCAGGCACACCCCCGGCAACCAGGCCGCUGCUCGCGUGCUGAAGCAGGUCAUGGGGGCGGACCCGCUCUUCUUCAAGGAGGGCGCGACUGUGCCGGCCCUGGCCUACUUCCAGGAGAUCCUAGGGGUGCCCACCACAGUGUUUGCCUUCUCCCUGGGCGACAACAUCCACGCGCCAAACGAGAGGCUCAAGGUGUCCAUGUUUGAUAAGGGCAGCGAGGCCUGGAUCUUGCUGCUGGCCGAGCUGGGGCGCAUGGGCCGCCAGCCCUUUGUGGCAGGGCCCGCCAGCGCCGGCGGCGGCGCCGAGCCGCACUCUGAGCUCUGA